AUGGCCAGCUUUUUUAACUUCAGUGCACCAGUUGACAUUGACGUUCGAUUCAAUGGUGAAGAGAAUAGAAAGAAAGUGGAGGUAAAGAUUGACAAGGACCGCCGGGAUAAAUUCCCUUUAUACUUUGAUGGUGAAACAGUGGCUGGAAGAGUGACUAUUAGACCUCGAGACGGCAAAAGGCUUGAACAUCAAGGCAUUAAAAUCGAAUUUGUUGGAAACAUCGGUAAAGGAUUGACUCAGCUAUUCUAUGAUCGUGGUAACCAUUACGAAUUUACAGCACUUGUUCAAGAAUUGGCUGUACCCGGUGAGAUGCAUCAACCACAGUCUUUUGACUUUGAAUUCAAAAAUGUUGAAAAACCAUAUGAAAGUUACCAUGGAAUAAACGUCAAGCUGAGAUAUUUUGUACGCGUAACUAUUUCAAGGCGUUUAACAGAUAUCGUGAAUGAGAAAGAUAUAUGGGUAUACUCGUAUCGUAUGCCAUCAGAUAGUAAUAGUUCUAUUAAGAUGGAAGUGGGUAUCGAAGACUGCUUACAUAUUGAAUUUGAGUAUAACAAAUCAAGAUACCAUCUUAAAGAUGUCAUUGUGGGAAAGAUUUACUUCCUGCUUGUUCGUAUAAAGAUUAGACAUAUGGAGCUGUCUAUUAUUCGCCGUGAAACAACUGGAGCAGCGCCAAAUCAAUAUAAUGAAAGUGAGACGAUUACCAAAUUUGAGAUUAUGGAUGGUGCGCCAGUACGCGGGGAGACGAUUCCUAUUCGCCUGUUUCUCGGUGGAUUCGAGUUGACACCAACUUUUCGCGAUGUAAACAAAAAAUUCUCCACACGUUAUUAUCUUAAUCUUGUACUCGUUGAUGAGGAGAACCGGAGAUACUUCAAACAACAAGAAAUUACUAUUUAUAGGAGAAGAGUUGAUGAUGGCCUUCCAGCAGAAGAUUAA